UAACCUAGUGGAUUCAUUUCUUGAUAUUAAUUAUAAAAUCAGAGUCAGGGAUAGUGGUGUUGGUGCCACAAGAAUUCAAGGAACAAAUUAAUAAGCAAAACAAAGAGCCAGAAGAAGCAUCAUACAAAUUCCUGUGCAAGCUGGUGAUCAGCAAUAUUAGCUAAUACUACAACAUUGAGAGAAAGAUGGAAAAUGGUUUGCGCAACCCAAGUGAGACAACAGGGAAGGUCAUCACCUGCAAAGCUGCUAUUACAUGGGGUCCGGGUGAGCCAUUUGUGAUAGAAGAAGUGAGAGUGGAUCCCCCUCAGAAAAUGGAGGUUCGGAUCAAGAUCCUCUUUACUUCAAUAUGUCAUACAGAUCUCGGCGCUUGGCAAGGGGAGAAUGAAGCUCAGCGAGCGUACCCUCGAAUUCUUGGCCAUGAAGCUUCCGGGAUUGUUGAGAGCGUAGGUGAAGGUGUAAUGGACAUAAAAAAAGGGGACCAUGUUGUUCCAAUUUUCAACGGAGAGUGUGGGGAUUGCCUGUACUGCAAGUGUGAGAAAACUAACAUGUGUGAGAGAGCUGGAGUAAACCCAUUCAUGACUGUGAUGGUCCAUGAUGGCAAGAGUAGGUUUUCGUGUAAAGAAGGAAAACCCAUCUUCCAUUUUCUCAACACCUCAACUUUCAGUGAGUACACAGUGGUUGAGUCUGCUUGCGUCGUCAAGAUUGACCCUGAUGCUUCUCUCAAAACGAUGACAUUGCUAAGCUGCGGUGUUUCUACAGGAGUUGGAGCAGCAUGGAAUAUUGCCAAUGUUAAGGCUGGGUCAACCGUGGCAAUUUUUGGUUUAGGUGCCGUGGGACUCGCUGUUGCUGAAGGAGCACGAGCACGAGGAGCAACAAAAAUAAUUGGGGUUGAUAUCAAUCCCAACAAAUUCACCAAAGGGCGAGCCAUGGGAAUCACAGACACUAUUAAUCCAAGGGAUUUUGAGAAGCCAGUUCAUGAGUGUAUAAGGGAAAUGACAGGUGGAGGCGUUGACUACAGCUUCGAGUGUGCAGGAAUCUCGGAGGUUUUGCGGGAGGCCUUCUUUUCUACACAUGAGGGCUGGGGAUUGACUGUGAUAUUGGGGAUUCAUACAAGCCCAAAAAUGCUUCCCCUACAUCCAAUGGAGUUGUUUACUGGUCGCGUAAUAAUCGCAUCAGUCUUCGGAGGUUUCAAAGGGAAGACCCAGCUGCCUAAUUUUGCCAAAGAGUGCAUGCAAGGGGUGGUGAAUUUAGAAGAGUUUAUUACACAUGAGCUUCCAUUUGAGAAGAUAAACGAAGCAUUUCAGUUGCUUAUAGAUGGCAAAUCAGUGAGAUGCAUGCUACACCUUUAAGCCUUCCAUAGAAUCCCUACACGCCAUGGAUGAAGAGCAAUAAGCUAAACUCCUCUUGGAACAGAGUUAUAUCAUAUAUGUAUGCAGACAGAUUUCGAAAUCGUGCCUACACAUUCUAGACUACUACUUUAUUUUGUUUUUGUGAGAAGAAGACUACCACCUUGAAUAGACCUUAAAAGUAUAAUAAUAUAAUCAUAUGGAUGUAUUAUCAAUA